UGACAGCGCAAUGACAUGAGCUCAAAGCCUUCGUUGUCAAAACAAAACGGAACAGCUGUUGAAGAAGAGAAUGUCAAAACAUUGUCAACACACACCGGACGACGGAAGGCUAUCGUCGUUAUCGUACAGAUCAAAAUAAUGUUUUUUCUGCGAAGACUGAGUAAAUUACGUCAAGUUGUUGCACCAAUUCAAUCAAAAUAUAAUCACAGUUCAAUUAUCCAAAUGAGUAAAGAAAGUGAAAUUGCCGGCAUAGCUGCCAAAAAUUACGCCAACAAUAAAACGGCAGAGACAAUUUUUGAAAAAAUUAUUCGCAAAGAAAUUCCGGCCAAAAUAAUUUACGAAGAUGAUAUCUGUUUGGCCUUCAACGAUAUAAGUCCACAAGCACCGGUGCAUUUUCUGUUGAUACCGAAGAUUCGCAUUGAUUCUUUGAGCGAGUCCAAAGAGACCGAUGCUCAGCUACUUGGUCAUUUGAUGUACACGGCUGGACAACUUGGUAAAUCAUUGUGUCCGGAUGGGUUUCGAUUGGUCAUAAAUAAUGGCAAAGACGGGUGCCAGAGUGUUUACCAUCUGCACCUUCACAUUCUUGGUGGAAAGCAAUGCGGCUGGCCUCCAGUUUAGAUUUCUAUUUUUACAAGUCUUACAACUUUUGUGAUAAAGUCACGGAAAUGAAGGAAUGAAAAAAUGUGAAUAAACAUUUCAGUAAGUUUUUCUUCUUU